UGUGGCGAGCUAAAGCUAGUUAGCAUCGUUUGUGUUUGGGUGUCAGCGAUUUGAGUCGUUCCCUGAGCAGGCCACUAUUGUACGAUCCGGAGUGACCGACUUGUUGUCUGUCAUCUCUCUUAACGAUGAAGUUUCAAUACAAAGAGGAGCACCCUUUUGAGAAAAGGCGGUCCGAAGGCGAGAAAAUAAGGAAGAAGUAUCCGGACAGGGUACCAGUAAUUGUGGAGAAAGCCCCCAAAGCCAGAAUAGGAGAUCUGGACAAGAAGAAAUACCUUGUCCCCUCCGACCUGACAGUGGGCCAGUUUUACUUCCUCAUCCGGAAAAGAAUCCACUUGCGAGCUGAGGAUGCUCUCUUCUUCUUUGUAAACAACGUCAUUCCACCCACCUCAGCUACCAUGGGACUGUUGUACCAGGAGCAUCAUGAAGAGGACUUUUUCCUCUACAUUGCCUACAGUGAUGAGAGUGUGUACGGGAACAGCCAAAGGGAAAUCUGAUCCCACUACCAUCCCCCUUCAACCACUACCCACCUUAUGAGACCUCCACCAUCCAUUCAUUUAAAUAUUAAAUCCAGCUCAGCAGCCUAGAAUUCCCAGAGUAAAUAUGUCAAAUGCACUUUCACGAUCCCAUACAUUACUCUUCUACCAUCCAUUUAUGUCUUUAUUAUUCUGCAGUCUGAAUUGUAUUUGCCUCCACUUUUCUUUUUGAAUAGCAACUUUGCUCAGUGGUCUCAUGGCCAGUUAUUUUUCUAGUGUCACUGUUAUCAUAUUUUCCAGAAAAAGCUGAGAAAUGAGAUGUUAGAACUACUUUGUAAUCAUAGUUACUCCAGGGUUAAGGGAAGAAAUGAAUAAUGUGUGAGUUUGAAUCAGCUCUUAUUGACAAUGAAUAUAAUUAUUGGUUGUCUAGUUUUGUUUACUUGCAGGAAAAAUAUAUGUUUUGAGUUUAGAUUAGGAAAUCAAUAGCUUCCACCAGUUAAAACAGGUAAUUUUGUCUCCAGCAGAUUUAAGGAUAACUGUUUUGAAGCAGUUCUUUUCCUAGAAAAAAUCUUGAGUGGCUAGGUUACUUUUUAAAAAAAUCACCAGCCAUUUAAAAAUCUGUAAAGGAGAAUUUAGUUUGCUGCCCUACAUCUGUUGUUACCAUGGAGUAUAAUAGAAUUCAGACUAAACAUCCUCUGCUUUCAGUGGUAAGACUAUUAUGUUGACUGCUACUAUGAUUAUUGUUGUUAUUAUUGUUAAUUUUAGAUGGCUUACUUUCUAAAGGUAUUGUAAAGCUGAGUGCAAUUUUCUUUCUCUUUUUUUAAGUUUGUGUCCUUUUUUUUUAAAGAAAAAAAAAACGAUUUGAACUCUGUAUACAGCUGCAUUACUGGCUCCUUCUCUCCACUCAUGACCAUACAUGAUAAAAUGUGAUGAAAAGCUA